AUGACUGAACGGGAUAGAAGUGAAUAUAACGAUCUAUUCCAUCAUUGUGUACGUGUACUAGAUGAAUAUGAUGAUAAAAUGUCAGAAAAAGCAUUCCUAGAUGAAUAUGUUCAAUCACAUCAAGUAUCGAAUCCGUCGUUUAUAUCGAUAGUACUAACUGAUUGUAUUCGUCAUGGUCCGUUACUUAAGAUUCUGCUUGACACAUUUUAUAAAACAAUUGAUGAAAUCAAUCUACGGAAAUCAGAGCAGAAUAGUCAUAAAGUUCUUAUCUACUUGAUCUUCUUCCAACUUGAUUCCAUUGGAUUUCCAUUCUUUCGUGAAAUAAUUCUUUCGAUUCGGUUGCGACAAACGUCCGAAUUGCUCCAAUUUCUUGUCAAUGAAGCACAUCUAUCAACAAUCAAAAGUGAAUGUAUGAAUUUAUACGAAGAAGAAUAUAUUAACACUCAAAUCAUGCGAGUAAUUCCAAGAUAUCUCGCAGAUUUACGUGAUCUCGCAAAGAAAGUCAAAGAGCAAACAUCGAUGAUACGUCCAACAUCAGAACCGACGAAAUUUCAACCAUUCAACUUAACUAAACCAAAGCCAACUCCGAAAGUGAACCAGUGUCAACCAGUACCAAAACCUCGAACUGAUCGUCAAAAGGAUCGAAAAACUAUUUCUCGUCAUCAAAGUUUACAAAGUUUAAAAGAAAAGUCAACUAACGAUGAUCAAAGAAAUCCUCAACCUAAUCGUUUCCGAGCGAGUCCAGCACCGAUGAAAUCGCAGACAAGUAAAAUUCCGGUCAAAUCCAACAUUGCCACUGUACUGAAAGAAAACCAAUUCUACAAAAAGCAAGAAGACAACGUUCGCCGACGCUUGAACGAUUUCGAAGCAGGUGGUAAAGAUGCUGGUGAAUUUCUUCACUGGCAGCAAUCAAAGCAGAAACAAGACUACGAAGAAGAAUUGCAGACGAUUGAACGGAAAAAGUUAGAAGGAAAGAUCAGCUAUGAAGAAGCCAUCUUAGCAAAACAACGUGUUACCAACGAAAAUCGACGGCGAGCCGACGAAUUAAAACGUCAAACACGUGAAAAAAUUCAAGUUUACGUUCAAGAAAAACUUCAGAAAGAACAACACACGAAACAGUUGAUCGAGGAAGUCAUGGAUGGAAGAGACAAUGUCAAACUAUCACAACAAAAACUUCGACAAUACAAAACAGAUUUUGCUAAACAAUAUAAAGAAGAUGUAAAGCAAUUGAUGAAACAAACGCUCGACGAGGCUGAAACUGACAUGCAACAUCGUAUUGAACUAAUUCAACAAAUUCGUGCUAUUGAAUCCAUUCCAAUUGCUCGUUCGAAACCUAUUGAUCUCACAUCUACAGCUGGACAUAGUUUACAUGACGAAAUGUCAAUAAGUGAAUUACGUCAACGAUUGGAACGUUUGAAAUCAGAACGAGAGAAAGAACGCGAAGCACGACAUGAGCGAAUCAUCAGAGAAAAACAAAUAAAAGAAAAAUCAUUAACGAACACAGCUCAACGCAUAGCCAAACAUCGAAAUGAGUCCACAGCACAAUCUGCCAUCAAGAAAUCUCGAGAGACAAGCGCUCCACCUUCUCUCGAUCGACACAACUGUGAACUUCAACAACAUUUACAAUCGAGAAAAGCUGAACGUUUAACGAAAGAAAAUCUUUAA